AUUUCCAUCAUUAUAUAACUUCUUUUUGUAACGCAUCUUUUGCAUAAGGUACCAAACCACUUCAGAGCAUCUCUAUCACAUUCCCAAUACUUACCCCCCAAAAACAACUUAUUGGGAGGCUCCCAAGAAAAUUCUGUUUAUUAGGAGGCUGUGAACUAGCGGAUCAUCUAAACUUAAUUUCUUUUGCUAGUUCACACCCCCUUUUGCAUGAAAUAUGAAUCUCAACUAUAUUUUCAUAUCAUUGUAGAAAAAAGAAAAGGACAAGGAAAAAGAGAUAAAAGUAACCUUUGGCCAUUUCGCCGAACACCCUGCGACACCGGCCAUGGACACCGCGGGGGGAGGCGUAGAGGGAGCCUCGCCGACGCUCAAGUCCAAGGCAACAAUAGUCGGGAGGUGGCAGUUGCCAGAGCAACAAUAGUUUUAUGAUUAGCAACGUUUGACGUAUCUUUUAGUCAACUGUUACCCGUGCUUGCUUUAGCGUAGCAAUUCGUCUAGCAAAUCAUGUACAUCUGUUAUUAUUUCUCUAUGGUCACUGGCAUUUCAUGGUUCCCGGAGAAUUCAUACACUUGGGAGAAAAGCAUUUUCUCACAGCCAUUUUCUAAUAUCCCAUUCCUUCCCUUCCAUUUUCUAAUAUCCCAUUCCUUCCCUUCCAUUUUCUAAUAUCCCAUUCCUUCCCUUUCAUAAUAGUCGGGAGGUGUAUAAGGUUCGACGUGCUACAAGGUCAUCAGGUGCAGGUGCACAUGAGGUCUCUUUGAUCUCUCGAGUGUUACACUUCCUGAAGCCCCAACCCUGUACUUUCUGAACCCAAGGCCAGGGCUAGGGAUGGAGAGGGUGCCCGCAGUGUUUGUUGACGGGCCCACCACUAAGUGAAAUGUUUGUUGACGGGCCCACCACUAAGUGAAAUCUUCUAUGCUUAGAAACGAAACUGUUGACGAGAGUCGAUGUUCCCCCUCUGCCGUAGCUGGUGUUGCUUGGGCAGAUUUUUGUCUCAUCACAAGGGGGGAAAAUGACACUGAAUCAUCUUUGCAGACUAGCAACACAUUAUGGAUAUGAAGACAGAUAUGAUAAAUAGUGAAAUUCACUCUUCGAUUACAAAUAUUAGUUUGACAGAUCUCUAAUUGACGCGAGAUGAAAGAUUGUACGGCUCAAAUUUAUCGACUAAAACUACAGGGCCUGCUGCUGACUUGCAGUAGGGAACAAGCUCAUCAAAUAAAACCCCUAUCUUAACCUGCGGCUGACUGGCGGUUUAGGAGGAAUUCUCAUCAGUUUAGGAGGAAUUCUCAUAUAUUACAAAAGGUAUAAUUUGACCAACCUAAUACAAGUCAUAUAUUACAAAAAAUAUACUAACAUAAACUUUGGAGUUUUUACUUUCAAAAGGUAUAAUUUUUAUGUUAUAUAGUUUAUAUUAGGGUGAUAAAAUUGGCAAUCUAGAUAUACGCGCAAGACUUGUAAACUGAAACGGAGGUAGUACAAUGAAGCCUUGUCAUUCCAGUCACAGGAAGAUUGAUGGGAAAGUGUGCAAAAAGGAAAAGAAUUAUCUGAGAGUAGGGAUGAAAAUGGAGCGGAAACUUUCCGUUUUUCCGGAGGAAAAAUGGAAACGGAGAGGAAAUAUGAAAACGGAAACGGAAAUUUGCAAAACGAAAGUGGAAAUGGAAUUUUUUUAUGCGGAAACGGAAACAAAAACGGAACGAUGUUUUCCAGUGGAACAUGCAUGGAAAUGGAACUUUCCGUUUCCGUGAAUAUGGAAUUUCUGUUUUUACUAUCUCUACUCCUAAUGGAGCAGUUGGUAGUCUCUGCCGGUCAAUUUUCGUCCCACCUUCCCUGGUUUUUUUUGGUACUUCGUCCCACCUCCGGCUUUCCACCGUUCCCCCGCAUCUUACCUCCCAACCAAUAAAAAAAACGUCAAGAUACAACUACGCCCAUUCUGAACCGCGCCGGUUCACAGCUAGAAAAAACCCCUACAACGAUCAAUCACGGUUAACCUACGAAAUGACGGGCUGAUCGAUCUGAUCGUCUUGACCUCGAUCCCAUUGCGAGCCGCGGUCAUUCGUCCCCGCCCCUCAAACCCUUGGCCGCCGUCACAAACCCUGAAACCCUUGUCCGCCGCCACAAGCGCUCAUACCGUAGGUCUCUUUCACAGCGUGCAGUCUUAUCCCGGCGACGACGCCGUCCGGGUGCAAAGACAGGCUCACGUCCCCGAUCCGUCGCUCUUCAGCGGACAUGCGUGCGAUCCAGUCGCCGCCGGAGUGGCGAUUGCAAAAUCAGGUGUCAGGUGUGGCAUACAUAUUCCUACCUUUACAAUUACUACUCUUACAAAUCUGCAUCUCUGAUCGGUUCCGUGGAUCCAGUCGCCGCCGGAGUGGCGAUUGCAAAAUCAGGUGUCAGGUGUGGCGUUUACAUAUUCCUACCUUUACAACUACUACUCUUACAAAUCUGCAUCUCUGAUCGGUUCCGUGGUCGUACUGGCAUUGUGAUCUCGGUUCAACAUCCUCAACUGUGCCAUACCUCUUGCUCUCAUUUUAUCAGCCCUAAAUUGAAUCAUCUCAUUGCAAGGAACUCAGUUUUCGUGCACAUAACUGACAGGAGUUUGGGCCUGGUGCCGGCCCCAGGGUGGGGUGUCAUCAGCAGCAGCAUCUGGAGGUUAGUUGACACAAACAUAAGGUGGUGAAUCAUCAAGUGGCAACAGGCAUCGGUGACGGUGUCAUCGAGUUUGCAUCUCACAACUGCAGAGGAUCUCCAUUUUCCAUCCUCGAAACAGCAUCACAUGCAAAAAGUGUCACAAACAUAAGGUGGUGAAUCAUCAAGUGGCAACAGGCAUCGGGGACGGUGUCAUCGAGUUUGCAUCUCACAGGUUCAGAGGAUCUCCAUUUUCCAUCCUCGAAACAGCAUCACAUGCAAAAAGUGACACAAACAUAAGGUACACAUGGGUAAUUCAAGAAGCAGGGCGGUUGAUCAGCUACCAGAAGAGGACGUUUCUACAGUCCUUACAAGAUGUACAAUAGUUGAAGAUAACAAUGCAAGCAUCUUACCCAUAGCGGAGACUGGUGUGGACAAUUCAGCUACUGUUACAGAUGGAGAGCAUAAAGAGGAUUCAUUCACAGCUCCGAAUACCAAUGCUUUGGAUUUUAGUUUAGAUGAAUAUGGUGGAACAAGUUCACCACGGAUUAAAGACCUUCAUGAUGAGGGUGAACCUCCAGACGAAUAUAUCAACGGUGGGACAAAUCUAUCAGACGAAAUCAGAUGCGGGAAUCAAAGUCAUAUAUCAAAGGAACCUGACAACACACAAAUGCUUUCAGCUAAGGAUAUAAAAAAAUCCAAGAUGUCGUGUUACAAAUAGAGGAUCAACAGCGCUGCUUGUCGAAAUCUGACCCUAAGGAACUUAACAAAGCCUUGAGGCGGGAAACUUAUCGCAUUAGCAAAAAACAGGGUUUGAAAAUACAACAAGUCGAUGGCCACAUCGUUCAACGUCGUGCCCUAGGUGAUAUCACGAAUGUUCGUCAACCUAAGCUUGUGACAUCAGAUGACUUCAAUGUCACAAAAGAUAAUGCUGCACUAAUGGAAGAAGAACGCAAAAGAGCCCAUAGAAACGCCCUGAGGAGAGCUUCUUAUCGUAGGAAAAAAGAACUUGCUCUUGAAGAAGAUAAACUCCACGCCAUUAAUUUGUCUGACAACGCAACUAGCUCUGCCUAUACAACAUUAUUAUCGCAUCCUGAUUCAGCAUAUACUGCUACAUCGACAGAGACAUAUGGUCUGGUUAACGACAAUGAUCAAAAUGACAUUGACGAGAAUAUACUUGAAGAAACAUGUCUGGUAACCGAGGAAGAUCGCAAAAGAGAUCAUAUAAAUGCACUUAGGAGGGCAGCUUAUCGGAGGAGAAAGGAUAAGUUAGAAUCAAGUGAAAAUCUACGGAUGCUAUAUAAUUCAGACACAUUCCACGAUGAUGCAACAUUACCCCCUCCGUCAUUAGACGCCUCCGGUGUUACCCAUGACAACGAGGGAUCUAAGAGGAUACAGAGAAACUCUCGUAGCCGAGCAUUUUAUCACAAGAAAAAUGAGGAACUAACGGUUGAUGAUAGAGAUGAUUUGAAUGAAAAGAUACGAGGGAAGCGCGUGCAGCGCCGCAAAAGCAGGUCGGAUAUUGAGAAGGGGCAGUCAAGUGCUCAAAGGAAGGCCUGUUAUGCUAAAAGGAAAAAUACCCCGUGCAAAGAAUCUCUCGCACUCCCUCGUCCAGACAUUACUAACUCAACAGCUGAUAGUCUCGCAAUCCCCCUCUCUCGGGCUGCCGACGAUGGUUCAUCGGAUGGCGACCCUCCCCCGGUCAUGCCGAAUUACGGUGUUUGCACCCCUGACGACAUCAAUGUGUUCCCAGAGCCCAUCAUGGGCGAUGAGCCGACACCAGCCGAAAUGAUGGAUGAGGAGUACUACUUGUAUCGUGACCAAGGAUCCGAUAAUGAUGCAUUCGAGGAUGACGAGGAAGCUAGCAUGACGUCUUUUAUAUCUGGCGAGGUUGAUCCAUUAGACUGUGUGUACACAAACAUACCAGACCACACCCACAUCCUGAAGCUCGACACAAACUGCAAACACUGCAAGGCCAUAAAGUUUGUUUCUGAGACUGACGGAUUCUGCUGUCGCAAUGGACAGAUCAAGCUUAAACAACCGGAACCAAUCCCAGAGCUUAUGAGGCUAUGGUCCAGCAUGGAUGCUGAUUCCAGACAUUUUCGUGAGAACAUACGGUUCUUCAAUGGGCAUUUCGCCUUCACAACCCUUGGCGUCAGCCUUGAUGAGAACUACACGAACAUGAAGUCUGGGGUAUACACAUUCCGGGUACACGGAACCAUCUAUCACAAUGUGCAUUCGUUCGGGCCUAGCUCACGUCCAGAACAUCUGCAGUUGUACUUCUAUGAUGACGACCCAACCAUAACCCAUCGUAAGGCGGCCACAAAUCAAUUAGAUCAAGAGGUCGUGAAGAAGUUAGUAGACAUACUUAAAGAGAACCCUUACUCCCAGCAAUUUAGGAGUUUGGGUGCACACAAGGGGAACCUUGAUGAUUAUAGGAUAGACCUAAACACCGAUAAGAGGCUUGAUCAAAGAAAAUAUAAUAGACCUUUGUCAUCUGAGGUUGCUGCAAUUUGGGUUGAGGGCAGCGAACUGGCAAAAAGGUUUGACCGUAGGAUAACACUUUAUGGUAACAACAACGAAAGGCAUAGCAUACGCGUGUCAUCCGGAGCAUAUGACCCGUUGUCUUAUCCCCUAUUCUAUCCAAGGGGCGAACUAGGUUGGCAUCCGAAACUACCUAAACGUAAUGUUCCUUGGGAGGCUGUACUACAUCCUCAACUUGUCCAAGAUGAUGAUGAGGAUGCAGAGGGAAAUAACAGGUUGUGCGUCUCCGUCAGAGACUACUACUGUUAUAUGCUGCAGACACGGCCUGCAAUCUUCAAUCCCAUACUCUGUGGAGCACGACUGCUGCAACAAUGGGCUGUUGACAUGUACGUUAAGAUUGAGAGCUGUCGAUUGAGGUGGUACAGGAAGAACCAGACGCAGAUUCGUGCUGACUUGUAUAAAGGUGUGGUUGAUGCCAUCACUUCAGGGGAGACACGGGCAAGCGCUGUUGGGGUUAGAAUAGUGCUCCCUGGUACAUACCCUGGUGGCGACCGCGACAUGAAGAAGAGACAUAUGGAUGCCAUGGCAAUUGUCCAUACAUACGGGAAGCCAGACAUCUUCCUCACCAUGACUUGCAAUCCUAAAUGGGACGAGAUAACAAACGAGUUGCUGCCUGGUCAGACGGCGCAAGACCGACCUGAUAUUGUGGCUCGUGUGUUCUAUGGCAAACUAGAGCACAUGAAGUACAUGUUGUUCAAGAAGCAUAUCCUGGGUGUUGUAGUUGCUUACGUAUACGUAGUCGAGUUCCAAAAAAGGGGCCUCCCCACGCACAUUUUUUGUUGA